AUGUCUUGGGAGGAGUUGUCUCUGGUGACCGAGUUGGAUACAUGGAAAGACGCCCAGAUACUAAAAUGGUGUCACGCUGACAGUCUGCCCUGUAGUCCUACAAUGACGUCCAGUUAUGUCCAGGGCACCACGGCUGUGUCGCUUCUCUCCUUGACUGUUGGACAAAGUUUACAGACAGCAGUAAAUAAUUGGCCUGACCGUGAGGCUUUGGUCUUUCUUCAAGAUGGUGUCCGAAAAACAUUCUCUCAGUUUCAGCAGGAUGUGGACCAGUUGGCUGCAGGUCUUCUUGCUAUUGGCCUGAUGAAGGGUGACAGGCUUGGUGUGUGGGGCCCAAACACUUACGAAUGGAUUUUGUUUCAGUUUGCCACAGCAAAAGCUGGCAUUAUUAUGGUGUCUUUGAAUCCAGCUUAUCAACAUCAGGAGUUGGAGUUUGUCUUAAAAAAGGUGCGGUGUAACGCAGUGGUGUGUCCAACACAGUUUAAGAGCCAGAGGUUCUGUGAUAUGCUGAGACAGAUCUGCCCAGAACUCAAUAUUGCAGUGUCUGGGACUAUUAAAAGCUCCAGAUUGCCAGAUCUGUGCAGUGUGAUAGUUACAGACAGUAGGCAACCAGGAAUGCUACACGUGGACGACGUUAUGCAAGCGGCUGAAAGUCGGCACCACCAGCAACUAAAAAGCUUACAGAGGAUUCUGUCUCCUGAAGACCCCAUCAAUAUUCAGUUCACAUCGGGCACAACAGGGACCCCAAAAGGAGCCACUCUGUCUCACCACAACAUCGUAAACAAUGCAUACUUUGUCGGGCUCCGCAUGGGUUACAGCUGGAGAGCGAAUGUGCGCGUGUGUAUUCCUGUGCCAAUGUACCACUGCUUCGGCUCUGUUUUGGGUGGAAUGUGCAUGGCAGUUCAUGGCAUCACCUUGGUCUUUCCGUCAACUUCAUAUGAUGGACUGGCAAACUUGGAGGCUAUUCAGAAAGAAAAAUGCACAGUUAUCUAUGGCACUCCUACAAUGUACAUUGACUUGCUGAGUCAGCCGAACUUUGAAAAUUAUAAUCUAUCCUCACUGGAGACAGGUAUUAUGGGUGGAUCAUCAUGCCCACCUGAAGUAGUUCGGAAAGUGAUAAAUAAUAUAAAUCUUAAAGAACUAACGGUGGCUUAUGGCAGCACAGAGAACAGCCCAAUCACAUUUCUUGGCUUUCCGUUAGACAGGCUAGAGCUCAAGACUAACAGUGUUGGGUGCAUCAUGAACCACACAGAGGCAAUGGUGGUGGAGCCAUCAUCUGGAAAACCACUUCCUCUUGGACAGCCAGGAGAACUACUCAUUCGAGGCUACUGUGUCAUGCUGGGUUACUGGGAUGAGCCUGACAAAACACGAGAGAGUAUCUCCAGUGAUGGCUGGUACAAGACGGGAGACACCGCCAGCCUGGAUGGAAAUGGGUACUGCCGUAUUGAGGGUCGAAUAAAGGAUAUGAUUAGCCGUGGAGGGGAGAAGAUUUUCCCAGCUGAGGUCGAGCGCUUUCUCUACACUCAUCCAAAAGUGACAGAGGUGCAGGUUGUUGGUGUGAAAGAUGAGAGGAUGGGGGAGCAGGUUUGUGCCUGUAUAAAGGUGGCAGAGGGAGAGCACUGCACUGAGGAGGAAAUCAAGGCGUACUGCAAAGACCAGAUAUCCUACUUCAAGAUCCCACAUUACGUAAUGUUUGUAGAAAGUUAUCCACUCACUGCCUCUGGAAAGAUCCAGAAAAAUAAACUGCGUGCAGAAAUGGAGAAGAGGCUGGGACUGUGAUGUGAUGAUUGUCAAACGAGGAACCUACACACUUGCCAGUCUUAUGCACUUGUUUAACAUAUGAAUGUCUCGACGUCUCAUUAAUAGGUGUUAUACUUUAUUGGACAAACCGUUUGAUCAUGAUAUUAUUUGAAACAUUGUACAAUAUGUAAAAUUCACUCUCUCAAAACAUGCCAUAAAGAAUCUGAAAUAAAUAAAUAA